GUUGAUUCAACUGUUUAGUAAUAAACCAAUCUUUUUUCUUUACUGAAUAAUAUUUUCUUUUGUAUUCUUUUUGGGCUGCAAUCUGUAAGUAGUUGGUGUGUAUAUAUAAGUGUGUAAAAACACACAAAACAAGGCCAACCAGAGACAGCCACAGAGGUGGAGAGAGCAGCUUCUUCUGUGAGUGUUCCACUGGCCUUUGUCUGCCUUCAAUGGCUUCUGUUGGGGCAGUGAAGCUCUUCCUUCUUUCCUUGGUUUUAUGGGUUUACGCUCUCUCGUCCUGUCAAGGGAAGCAGAAUUUUUACCCAUUUGGAUACCCAUUUAUCAAGAAAGCAAGCACUUUCUCAUCAUCAUCAUCAUCAUCAGACUCAUCAAGUGGUGGAGAGAUUGGCUAUGAUUAUAUCGUAGUUGGUGGUGGAACAGCUGGGUGCCCUUUAGCUGCUACAUUGUCCCAAAACUUCAGAGUUUUAUUGCUUGAAAGAGGUGGUGUUCCUUUCACAAACCCAAAUGUCUCAUUUUUAAGCAACUUCCAUAUCGGUCUGGCUGAUACUUCUCCAACUUCUGCUUCCCAAUACUUCAUUUCCACUGAUGGAGUCCUCAAUGCUAGGGCUAGGGUUUUGGGUGGUGGUAGUAGCAUCAAUGCUGGGUUCUACACAAGAGCAAGCACAAGGUUUAUACAGAAAGUAGGCUGGGAUGAAAAAUUGGUGAAUGAGUCGUAUCCCUGGGUUGAGAAGCAAAUUGUUCACAGGCCUAAGGUUGCCCCAUGGCAGGUUGCUGUAAGGAACGGUCUAUUGGAUGUUGGGGUGUCACCUUUUAAUGGAUUCACAUAUGAUCACAUCUAUGGAACCAAGUUUGGUGGUACCAUUUUCGACCGGUUCGGUCGCCGGCAUACUGCUGCAGAGCUGCUCGCCUCCGCGAAUCCUCAGACGCUUACUGUCUUGGUACAUGCCACAGUCCAAAAGCUUGUAUUUGAUACAUCAGGGAAGCGUCCAAAGGCGGUGGGAGUCAUAUUUAAAGAUGAAAAUGGCAAGGAACACCAAACAUUUCUAGCAAAUAACCCAAGAAGUGAAAUAAUAUUGUCCUGUGGAGCCCUUGGCACACCUCAAAUGCUGAUGCUAAGUGGCAUUGGCCCAAGUGAUGAACUUAAAAAGAUGAGAAUUCCAUUAGUACUUGACAAUGAAUUUGUUGGGAAAGGCAUGGCUGAUAAUCCCAUGAACACCAUUUUUGUUCCAACAAAAAGACCUGUUCAGCAAUCCCUAAUACAAACUGUAGGGAUAACAAAGUUUGGUGUUUAUAUUGAAGCUAGCAGUGGAUUUGGGCAGUCCAAUGAUAGUAUUCACUGUCACCACGGAAUCAUGUCCGCAGAGAUAGGGCAGCUAUCUACCAUUCCUCCGAAGCAAAGAACACAGGAGGCCAUUCAAGCAUACAUUAAAAGAAAGAAGGACCUACCCCAUGAAGCAUUCAAGGGAGGCUUCAUUAUUGAAAAGCUUGCCAACCCCAUUUCGACCGGGCAGCUAAGCUUGAUCAACACAAAUGUUGAUGAUAACCCUUCUGUUACAUUCAACUAUUUCAGCCAUCCUAAAGACCUGCAGCGCUGUGUUGAAGGGAUUAGGAUGGCUACAAAGAUAGUUCAAUCAGAGCACUUCACAAACGUCACACAAUGUGAUAAGGAGACUGUGGACAAGAUUCUUAACAUGACUGUUUUGUCUAAUGUGAACCUUAUACCUAAGCAUCCCAACGACACAAAGUCCUUAGAGCAGUUCUGCAAAGACACAGUGAUCACAAUCUGGCACUAUCAUGGUGGGUGUCAUGUCGGCAAGGUAGUGACCCCUGACUACAAAGUUAUUGGUGUUCAAAGGCUUCGAAUUGUCGAUGGCUCCACAUUUGAUGAAUCCCCUGGCACUAAUCCUCAAGCCACAGUCUUGAUGAUGGGCAGGUACAUGGGACUGAAGAUUUUGAGAAAGAGACUAGGAAUGGAAGAUGGUGUUUAAGGACAAAAAGAUCAACCAGAAGCACGAGAAGAACAGUGUUAGUUAAGUUGUUCCAGUGUAAGCUUGUAAUGUGUAUCCUUAGCAACCAGCUUUGUGAUGUGUAGAAAAUGUAUCUUGCCUUAGGAAAGCAAUAUUUUCCAUCCCAUUUGCCCCCUUAUUCCAUAUUGUUGAUGAGAGUACUAAUAAUGGAAGCUAACAUUUGGCUGUCUUCUUGCAGUGACAAGUAAAAGAAGAAACAAAAGUAACCUUGCUUCAACUAA